AGAAUCGCCAUUUUAUUUCCCGUCUCUAAAACGUCUUUAAACAACCUAAAGUGGUCUCAACUUUUAAAGAAACAUGUAGCUAGCCUGCUCGAGUUAUUGGAACAGUCAAGUUUUCAUCUACAGAGUAGCAUCAGUGAUUUUGUACAGCAGAUUAAAAUAAAAGCAAUGGAAUGUGUAGACAACCAUUCUGACACCCAAAUGACGAUGAAAGAUGUACUUGCUAUGAUAACAUCAGCACAGAGUACUAUAAUAGAACAAACAGAUAUGUUCACGGAAUCCACCAAGCUGUACCCUCCCACUCUGAUGACAGGAGAACAGAGAACACCAGAAAGUUUGAAGACAGCAGACACUGGAUUUGUUUCUAAAGCCUUUAGAUCUGUUGAAUGUAACCCAGAAACAAUAAAAAGACUAAAGGAUAUUGAAAAAGUUUUAUCAUCCCUUCAAGACACAAAACAAAAGACUGAAGAUGACAUAUCAGAAAUAAAACAAUGGAAAGGCAACUUUGAAACAGAACACAGUGAUAUAGGGAUAAUGGUUGAAAACGUGUCUAAGAAACAAAAAAAGAAUUUUAAAAACUUAAGAAAACAAUUAAUAGAACAAGAUAAUAAAAUAGAAGAGCUGAAUCAACAAAUUGAAAGUUUAAAAACAAAAGAAUCAGACAAAGACAAAACACUGGAGAAACUCUCUUUAGAUAUGAAAGAAUAUGAAAACAACCUGCACACACUAAAUGAAGAGAUGAGAGUUUACACAGAUAAAAUAGAUCAAAUAACUUUCAAAGAAAUUCAAAGACAUUCGGAUUUGAUAUCUGCUAUACAAAAAGAUACAACAAAAACAUUUGAUACUUUAUUGUCUAAGCAUGUUGUGAUGUGUAAACUUCUACAACAAAGAUUGAUGCCAAUUGACAAAAUAUUUGAAACAUAUAAUCAAAACUCUGAGGCUAGGGAAGGGAAAAUGAAGAAGAUUGCAAAUCUGGAAAUAGAAGUUUUAAAGCUGUCAAAUGAUUUUCAAUCAAUUGCCAAUCAACAAGUGAAACAUUCAACACCGGGGUUUAUUGCUUCACAGGGUCGCUGCGAAGAGAAAGUGUAUGACAGACACCAAGUUUUUACAUUCAGUGCUGUAGAACGUAACGUAGGAAACCAUUUUGAUCCAAACACUGGAGUGUUUACAGCCCCUGUUCAUGGCCUGUAUAAAGCAAGUAUUACAAUAAAACAGACUGGAGAUCAUGCUAUAACAGCUUGGGUUUUACACAAAUCAGGUGGUAAGAUGUCAAGGCUCGGUGGUGUUAAUACACAAGAUCAAUCUGUGGAAGCUUCAAGAACAUUUGAGGUUCUGAUGAAAAGUGGAGAUGUUUUAUAUUCAGCCACUGGCUAUAAGGAUUUGGAAUGUACACAUUUUUCUUGUUCCCUUUUUGACGACUAA